CCAAAAGUGCGAUAGACGCUAAACACGAAUAGAAAAAGGCAGAUCUGGGUAAACGGUAACCAUAAUUCAUCCCCAAAUGUGUUGUAUGCAUUUAGGAAAAAAACGAAUUAACUUAUCUGGUUUAUUAUUUUAUCAAAUCAUUCUCCGAAAGUAGCGAAGAUACCUGGCGCUGCUUAGAGAAAUGGAUGCAUCCAAUGUGUUGAAAGAAUAUUUGGAGCUUUUUACUGCUGACUGCAGGCAAUUAAAAUUAUUACUAGCUCCGAAUGCUGUAGUGGACUGGUUUGGGCGACAAGUUCGCGGGCCAGCAAAGAUCCAUGAUUAUUUAAGAUUCGAAGUAGGUUUACAAUAUGACCAUGCGAAUUUCGAUAAAGCCGAAGUAUGUGCUCCAAUUGAACAACGUCCGUCGCAUUGGAAAACAAAAUCGGUGCCAACUGGGGACAUGGAUUUCAUUUUGCCAUUAAACAAGGUUACUAGAUUAACUUCAUUGAAACGUUAUGCAGACAGUGAUCUCGAAGAUGAUGACUUAGAGAUUCAACCCUUGCCUUCGUGCAAUCAGACACCAGAUCAUCAAGGCAACUGCACGUCGCAUUUAAAUGAAUUGACACCCCCAUCCAGUACAAUAAAACUUGAAAAUGUUCACCCAUCAGACUCCGAAAGUGAUUUAGAAGAGGGGGAGGAUGCUACAGCACCCAAGCGCUUAAAGCGUUCGCUACCAACACCAUUCAGUUAUUUGCGACGUUUGCCCACGUCAAUGAAUAAAAUCACUCAUGUUUCAAAGAGGCAAUCAACAGUGACACAACUCGACGUGCAAAUGCAGAGUAACGAUACGUCCAGCGAUGAGGAGUUGGACGCCGAUAUUCGUAAUAAAUUAGUAAAUGAAUACACGCCAUUAUAUUACAUAGAAGCGACUGGUAUGCUGCGUGCUAAACAACAACUACUUAAUUACACGGAUGAGCCACCAACACCUCAUCGCAUCAAUGACUGGGAUAGACCAGUACGUCUACGUAUAUCAUAUCGUCGGUGUUUGUCCGAUCAACAGAUACAAAUUGCUCUGGUUAUAUAUGAGCAUAUAAAUAGUAGUAACACAGAUGUUAGCCAAAGUGAGCCGGUAGCGACCACAGCUGUGGGUAUGCGUCGACGAAAUCUAAUGGCACAAUUUAAUGAAGCGGCGCUAAAUGAACAGUCACCUGCGACGCUUGAAGUUGCUGAUGAUAUUGAAGGUGUUGGUUCCACUGAAAUUGCAUUACGAUCCAACGAUGAUGAAGAGGCUAGCGCCAUAAGUGCGGUGCAAUUCCAUACUCCAACCAAAAGUGCACAUACGCCACCAGCUACACCUAAACGGAGGCCACGGGUGCCAUACGCGAUGUCGGGCAUGAGGAAUAUCAAUUCAACUCCAUCGACGUCAACAACAAAGCGUGGUGCAGCACGUACGCUUAGACUCUGAUGGAAAAAGACACGGCAUUGUGUUUUAUACCACAUAAUAACGAAUGUAGAUAAAAAUUAGCCCAAUUUUUUUUUUUUACAAAUACCUUCGUUUGCUGAAACAUCUAUUUUGGAGAUUCAAGGAAAUGAAAACUCGUAUUUUUACUAAAACCAAGUAGCUUGCAAUAUUUAUUACCUUUUAAGGGAAACAACCUUUCACCAGGCUCAUCUCAUUUAUUUAAAACAUUACUAAAUUUGAAUCGCUUUUAGUGACAUGCAGAAUUUUACGAAGGAAAAUGUAAAGGGCAUUUUGAAAUAAACUUCUGAAUAUUAUCGUAGUCUUAUUUUGAAUUGCCCUUGAAUACAUUGCCUUGUUAAGUUUCAAUUCGUUCCUCUGAUUUAAAGUGAAAUGCACAUUAAUCACUAGAAAUUCAACUAAAAAUGAUUACAAACACAAAUAUAUAUUUUUCUUUUUAGAGUGAAAUGUGUGUCAAAGCUUUUUGAAUUGAAUGUAGAAAAGAAAAAAUAACAACUCGAACCACAAACAUUAAUUAUGUGCACUGAAUAGAUCUUUUUAAACUAGUUACUACCUUUAUUGUUCAAAUUAGUUAAUGUUUUUGAUUUCAGUCAAAAGCAAGAAAUUGUUUAGCACUUUCUACAUUCUUACAAGGGUGUGCAUUAAGAGAUUGAAGAGAUUAAUGUUUUCAAACUGCAAAUGGCUUUUGAUAUUUUCCCACUCUGAAAAGAACUAUGUAUAUAUUUUCAAGAACUCAUUUCCUAUACCAAAUUUACAUCAGAGAUGCUCGAUAUUGUGCCCCUGUGGUAAUUUUAUACAUAUAUAUAUAUAUUAUAUGCAUGUAUGGGUACUUUACAUUCAUUUGUAUAUUUUCUUGGCCAUUUGCAACUUACUUAGUUUUCUCAUUUAUUUGCUAUUAAUAAUUUAAAUGUUGGCUUCUUUUGCGACAAAUUCAACAUACGUUUCACUGU